AUGGACCGAGACAGCCGGGAGCUUCAAAUGCGCCAAAAUAUUGCCGUCAUUAAAACCGUCGCCUUUUCCGCGGAAGAAGUCAGACGCGUCCUCAGUCAAAUAAAACCUGAUAAGUCUCCUGGACCCGACGGAAUCCCCGGGCUGAUACUUAAGGAGCUAUCAACGGAGCUGUCAAAGCCUCCUUCGACUCUCUUUGAGCUGUCAAUGAGAACAGGAAGGCUGCCCUCACAGUGGAAGACAGCUAACCUCGUUCCAUUGCAUAAGGGAGGUAGCAGGAUGACAGCAAGCAGCUUUAGGCCUAUUAGCUUAACUUGCCUCCCUUGCAAAACGAUGGAAGCUAUAGUAAAGUACGCUAUACAGCAAUUUUGUGAAGAAAAUAACAUCUUGCAGGAUUUUCAACAUGGCUUCCGGAGAGGACGUUCCUGCCUCUCAAAUCUGCUAGCUUGUCUGGAAAUCUGGACCAGGGCUCUAGAAGAGGGUUUUGAGGUCGAUGUCGUGUACAUCGAUUUCCGCAAAGCUUUUGACACUGUCCCACACCAACGUCUUCUUCACAAAUUGAGCGACAUCGGCAUCCGUGGAGAUCUUCUGAACUGGAUAAGGGCGUUUCUGGUUGGUCGGAAACAACGUGUCUGUAUCGGGGAUGACAUGUCAGAAUGGGUGAAUGUGACCAGUGGUGUGCCGCAAGGCUCAGUUCUGGGACCAUUGCUCUUCAUCCUUUACGUUAACGACAGCCUUCAGGAAAUCGACUGCGGCAAAAUAAUGUUUGCAGACGACGUUAAGCUCUGGCAAGUCAUUAAGGGUCCGCAUGAUCAGAGAUCCCUUCAAGAUAAUCUGCACCGACUGCAAGCGUGGUCGAAGAAAUGGCUUCUAGAUUUCAAUGUGGAGAAGUGUGCCGUCCUUCAUCUGCGUCCAACCAACUCUCAUUCAAAUGAGAGGCUGAGGACUUAUCACCUGAAAGAUAUAAGGCUCCCCGCAGAAUCUUCACAGAAGGAUCUCGGGGUUUGGAUACAGAACAACCUGAAACCAACACUGCUGUGCCACAAGGCUGCAAAAAACGCCAUGGGAGUGCUGCAUGCAAUAAAAAGGGCUUUCGUAAAUUUUGACCAAGACCUUUUUGGGAGAGUUUACGGCACAUUUGUUCGGCCCCACUUAGAAUAUGGCAUACAAGCAUGGCGGCCAUGGCUGGUAAAGGACCAAGAAUGCCUCGAACGGGUACAACGGCGUGCAACAAAGCUGGUAAACGGUCUAAAAAGCCAUUCCUACACAGACAGACUGAAUUGCCUUAAUUUAUUCCCUCUGUGUUACAGGCAGCAAAGAGGUGAUCUUAUCCUCGUCUACAAGAUAAUACAUGGCCUUGAGUAUGGACUUAAAUUUGAGGACAUGUUUCAGUGGCACCUUUCACCCAAUCUUCGUGGUCACUCGAUGAAGUUACGGACAACAAUGUCCAGGCUGAAUCUCCGUUCUGAAUUUUUCACGCAGAGGGUAGUGGAGAAAUGGAACGAUCUCCCUCAGUCAGUCGUGGAGGCUACAUCCCUGCAACUCUUCAAGAAACGCUUGGAUGAUUAUUUGUGUCCCCUGUUUUCCCUCGACGGUCUGAAUCUGAACUAA